UUUAUAUAAAAUUAAAGGGUUUUCAAUGAUUUUGGGUGGAUCUGAAUUACUCGAAACAGCAGCAGCCAAUUCGGAUUUGGACAUAAUUUUUCUUAUACAUCAAAUUUAUGAAAAGGAUAAGGAAAGCUUUAAAGAAUGUAAAAUGUGCUUGAUUAAACGGGAUUCUUCAAGACCUUGUAUUGAAGAACAUGAUUUGAUUUUUGGGAACAGCAAACUUUCUUUGUACUCUCAUUUGAAAAAAGCAAUUGUAAAUGGAAAAACAAUUGAGAGAUUAAAAUUAAAAGAGAACGAGGCAAAUAUCAACCUAGUUGAAAAUUCGCGAGUUCCUCUUUUAGCAAUAGAAAUACAAAGUGUAGAAAUGGAUGUUAUGAUUGCCAAUAUCCCUGAUUCAAAAAUUGAUGAUAGUCUAGAGUUAACAAAGCACGAUGACAUUGAAAAUAUUAAAGGAAAUUUAAAUUUUAUUGAUGGAAAGAUUAAUUCAAUGAUUAAAUUGAAAGAUCCUUUGUAUAUACAAAGUAUUUUGAUUUUAUCAGGUUAUAGAAUUGCUUAUCGCACAAAAUUUUUUAUGUUAGAUAAAAACAAAUGGGAAAUAUUUUCCGAUUUGAUGCGUGCCGUUAAACACUGGGCAAAACAAAAAGGACUCUAUUCAAAUGUAUUUGGAUAUUUGAGCGGAACAGCUUUGAUAUUAAUGACUGCUAAAAUUUGUUUAAUUUAUCAAAGUGCAAGUUUAACAUUUCUUGUGCAACGUUUCUUUCAAAUUUAUAGUUUAUGGGAAUGGCCCGUGCCUAUUAUACUUGAACAACUAACAAUGUCAAGUGAUUUACCACAAUUAUCCAACAAUGAUUUUAUAAAGUCUUGGAAUUUAUUAAAUUUAAGAAAUGAUUAUAUGCCUAUAAUUUCCCCAAUAUUCCCAGAGCAGAAUACUGCAUUUAACACAAAUGAAUUUACAAGGGAUAUAAUUGUUAAGGAAAUGAAGAAAGCAUAUGCCCAACUUGAUCGUUCGACUUCAUUGCUAACAGAAAAAUUUUAUAAAGACAUAUUAUUUAAAAAGCUUGAAUAUAAAAAACAAUACGAACAUUUUCUAGUACUUGUUUGCAGUGAAAAAAUUAAAAUUGAGGAUAUCAAUGAAAAUAAAUCCUGUGAAUUUGUAAAAACAAAAGUUCGGGGUUUGCUGGUUAAAUGGGCAAAGAAAGCUACGUUAAGAUUUAAAAUUGAGGAGAAUAUUACAGAAAAUGUAGAAGAAGAAAAUUAUAAGAUUUACAAAUUAAGUGAUUAUUUGGAGGAAUAUCAUGUUUUGACAAAUUUAGAAUGGAAAUGUAAUGAUGGAGAGUAA